AUGAUGCUAGAGAAUGAACUUAAGGCCAUGGAAGCUUUAAAAGAUUCAAUUCGAUCAUCUGAAGAGGCUCUAAAGACUUCCAGAAGUGAGGUUUCCAAACUUUCCAAGGAGCUUGAGGAGGCAAAUGAAUUGAAUGAGGACCUGGUAUCACAAAUUUCUAAACACCAAGAGGAGUCCAAUGCAAUGCAAGUAGAUCUCACUAAUAAACUAGGAGAGGCAGAAUCAUUAUCCAAAGCUCUGUCAGAAGAUUUGGCUUCAGUAAAGGAAAUGGUUCAAAAGGGGCAAGAAGAACUUGAAGCCACCUCUAAUGAGCUGGCAUCUAUUGUUGAAGCUCGUGACAACUUGAAGAAAGAAUUGCUGGAUGUGUACAAGAAUUUGGAGUCCACCACACAUGAGCUUGUCGAGGAAAGAAAAAUUGUGACAACCUUAAAUAGGGAACUUGAAGUCUUGGUGAAACAGUUGCAGGUAGAUUCUGAAGCAAGAAAAUCUCUCGAAGCAGACCUGGAUGAGGCAACAAAGUCACUAGAUGAGAUGAACAAUAGUGCGUUGUUACUGUCUAAAGAACUUGAGAGCACUCAUUCUAGUAAUGACACUCUUGAAGCUGAGAAAGAAAUGCUAUCCAAGGCUCUAGCUGAACAAACGAAAAUCACAACUGAAGCUAAGGAAAACACUGAGGAUGCUCAGAGUCUGAUCACAAGGCUUCAGACAGAGAAGGAGAGCUUUGAAUUGAGGUCUAGACAUCUUGAAGAGGAAUUGGCGUUAGCAAAGGGUGAGAUACUGCGCCUAAGGAGGCAGAUUAGUACAAACAGUUCUCAGAAACCAAGAGCACCUCCCCGACCAAGAGGACCCCCAGAGACUAAUGAAACUCUGAAGGAGCAACCUGUGAAUGAUCAUAAUCAGAAGAGCAGUGGAGUUGUUGCUGGAACUCCGCAGCCUGUGAAAAGGACUGUAAGGAGAAGAAAAGGUGGCGCAUAG